UAAAGCCGGUACAUCCACUGCUUGUCUAGUCUCCUUGCAGUUUACCCGUGCACAGCGGCAGUAUGCCAGUAACGGCUUCGCAGAAGAGUGAAAUCGAGAAUGUCAUACAGGCACUGCUCAACACGACCAGCUCGCGCAAGAAAAGACGGCUCGCCGACAUGUUCUCGGAGCUGCCGGAUAGAGAUUCCUGGCCAGAGUACUAUGAGGUUAUUCCCGAGCCUCGCUGCAUCUCCGGAGUGGCAGCAGACCUGGAGAAGGACAAGUACAAAGAUCCGUUGGACGUCUACAACCACUUGAGCCUCGUGUUCUACAACGCGCUCUAUUACAACGAGGAGUCGUCUCAAAUUGCUAAAGAUGCGGCGAUGCUCAAGAGCGUCCUAGACAAUGAGUGGAAGCAACGUUCCGUCUUGCCGAUCCCACGCACAUCACCACCGCCUUCCUCUGCCCAGAAAGUCUAUGCGAAUGGUCCCACAGCUGGGCCACAGCCAGCUCAGGCUAGUACAGUCCAGACCACGCUGAAGACCGAGCCAGCACCAGCCAUGUCGUCGCCCACAUCUGCCGUUCCUCCCUCCGAAAAGUCACCCGAGCGACAACCGUCGCCGGACAUGGACGUUGAUGUUGGCGGGACACCUGAGCCGGAGGGCCCGCCCACCGGCACGCCGAGGGACGGAGCGAGUGACGAGAUUGUGAGGCAGCUCGAGAAGGGGUUGCCGAGAUGGGAGGGCUUUGCUGAUGUCGGGUGGAUGGAGGAAGUAAACCCUGAUCGCCAUAUAGAGAUCAUCACGGGCAUCCGAGAGUAUGAAGACGCAACCGGGUUUCGCCUCGCGGCGAGCCUCGAGGCAAUGCCUGAGGAUGUCGCCAUUGCAGAAUUGCCUAUAAACCGGCCGCUCUCCUUGUCCUUGAUUGAGAGCAGAGUAAAUUCCAAGCAUUACCCUUCCUCAAAGGCAUUUGACCGAGAGGUGUCCGAGCUCUUCCUCAAGGCGCGCAGGUGGUAUGAGCCUGGAAGCGACGCAUAUGGGCAUUUGCUCACUCUUCAGAGGCUCUACCAUGCCCUCACGUCUCUGAAUCCGCCGCCAGGCCCGCCCUACACCUCCACCACGUACUUUGCGUCACUGCGUGCAGGACCGGGCACCGCGAAGCCCCUGCACACGACCGACACGGAAGGCGUCCCGGGCGUCACUACCUUCAGGGUCUCGACGAAGGACAGGACGUUCGUCGACGAGGUCCAGUUCAAAGGAUGGAGUAUACGCCUGGCAGAUUGGUUGCACUUGAGCAAUCCGGACGAUCCUAGCAAGCCGAUCAUUGGACAGGUCUUCAAGUGUUACAUUUCUGACGAGCCUGCGAGGAAGGGCCAACCUGGUCUAACUGUGUGCUGGUACUUUAGGCCUGAGCAAACAUUCCACCCUGCUCACCGUCAAUUCUGGGAGAACGAGGUGUUCAAGACCAGUCAUUUUGCAGAUCACCCGCUAGAGGAUGUCAUUGAGAAGAUUGCCUGCCAGUUCACCGCACGACAUAUCCGUGGUCGACCGAGACCGCCCUUCUGGUACCCCGGGUGGCCGCUAUACGUGUGUGACUCUCGGUACAACGAUCGCGAGCGGAUCUUCGUCAAGAUUAAGAACUGGAACUCGUGCGUGCCCGAAGAGGUGCGGAAGAGCACUGAGUUCAUGCCCAUCUACCCGUUCGAAGACACCGUGUUCCCGCGACGCUUCGCGAGCCCGUUUCUUUCGGGCAAGAACGCCAGAGGACCGGGCGGGAUCGGCGACGUCGUCGAGAAGGCGGAGGGCGAGCGGGUCGAAGGUGGCGGGACGGGGAGGAAGCGGCCCAAACGCAACGCUACCGGGAAUAAUACGAUGACACUCAGUAAGUCGGAGCUUACAGAUCGCUCCGGGCCGAGCAAGGGCCUUUAUGUGGGCGUACCUGCAACGCAGACGACGCCCGCGGCCACCGUAGCGCAGACAGCCCAGCCGCAAUACUCCCAGCCGGAGUUGGCGCAGCCGCGUAGCGGACCAGAUACCUCGAUACUUAAUGCUGCUGGGGGUGCGAACAACGUCCUGUUGGAGAAGCUUCCGCCUGAGACUGCGAGACACUUCGAUCGAGAUCCUGUCACGAAUGAGGUGCUGUGGUUCGCUGCACCGCCAAUGGACCUUGCGCGCACCCCGACGCCUCGCCAUAGCUUGGCGUACCUACAUUUCCUAGCGAGCAAGAGGAAGAAGGCGCAGCAGGCGGGCGAUGCGAUGGAGGUUGACGCGGAGGAGCCAGUAUCGAAACGUCACAAGGCGCAACCAACUAUGACUGAGACCGUCGACAGGAUAAUGGCACAGUUCAAUGCUGACAUGAACGAUGCCACAGGUCGAUAGCGUUGAUGUGAAAUGUAUGCAUAUGAUACUCUAACUGACGUAUUUGUCAUGUACAUAGUUAAAGAUGUCGCCUUACCGUGCGAACUAUCUACAGUAUUCCUGCUUCAUGGAACGUCUUCCCCCCCGAUUCUCAGCAUACGAGUGUUACUCAUAGCAUCGUGGUCUCCUGCAUUGCGGCUGUGGCGUAGCACGAGAUACGGGAGUAUGUUUGCGCUUGUAUGUCAUCGCCUUCGGAAUCUAACAAAGCC